AUGGACUAUGACUAUGGCAAUGAUGCCAUAGAUGAUAACAUGGCCCCAGGUGUCAGUGGGAACGUGGAUGAAGUCUAUCGCGACUAUCACCUUGAACUUGAUGGUCGUAUAUGUGAUGCAGCAAGUAAUUUCGUUCCCACGGAUACCAUACCUCCUCCCUUAACAUUGAAACAGCCAGGUGACUGGAUGCCUUACCAUAAGUUUUUGUACAAGAAGGUUCAGAUGUCUGCUGGUGACAUCGAUAAAUUGAUGCACUUGUGGGGCCUUGGUCUUGCGCAACAUGGAGACACCCCUCCUUUUGCAGACCAUCGGGACCUAUAUUCGACUAUCGAUGAAAUGCCAAUUGGAGAUGUCACUUGGCAGAGUUUUUUAAUGAAAUAUGGUGCAGAUGCUGAUCCAGCAAGUGAUCUCACACUGUGGAUGGACACCACAUACACUACAUGGUUCCACGACCCGCACACUAUCAUCUGCAACAUGUUAGGCAAUCCUGACUUCAAAAAUGAGAUGGAUUAUGCGCUGUAUCAUGAGUGGAAAGGCCAGGGUGAAAGCGCAACUCGCCAAUGGCACAAUGUGAUGUCAGGCGAUUGGGCCUGGGACCAAGCAGAUGAGAUUGCCAAAGAUCCUGCCAUGCAUGGUUCAAUGUUUGUCCCAGUAAUACUCAGAAGUGACAAAACCACAGUCUCAGUCGCAAUGGGACAAAAUGAUUACUACCCGCUGUAUGCCUCAAUCGGGAACAUUCAUAAUAAUGUUUGCUGUGCUCACCAUAAUGUGGUAGCCAUCAUUGGCUUUUUGGCCAUUCCAAAAACAACAAAAAAACAUUCAGAUGAUCUGUGUUUCCGAAAAUUUAAGAAACAACUGUUUCAUUCUUCUUUGUCAUGGAUUCUGUCAUCACUCAAGCCCGCCAUGUCUGUCCCUGAGGUUGUCCAAUUUGGGGACAGGCAUUUUAGAUGUGUGGUGUAUGGUCUCAGUCCUUAUAUUGCUGACUAUCCUGAGCAACUUGUCCUUGGUUGUGUAGUUCAGAAUUGGUGCACAAAAUGUUUCGCUUAUCCUGACAAUUUGGACAGCAGUGAGGGUGGGCUUCGUUCACGGGAAGUUGUAGAUAUCCUGUGUGAUGAAGUUGAUGCUGGAGUACUUUGGGAGGAAUGGGGAGUCAUCAGUGAUGUAGUGCUUCUCGCACCAGACAUCCUACAUCAAGUUAUUAAAGGAGCGUUUAAAGACCAUCUCGUGGCAUGGGUUGAGAAGUAUCUCAAAAAAGAGCAUGGGAAGACAUGCGCGAAGGCAAUUUUGGAUGAUAUCGAUCAUCGAAUUGCUGCAGCUCCGCCUUUCGCAGGACUUCAUCGAUUUCCACAAGGACAUGGAUUCUCUCAAUGGACUGGCGACAACUCCAAGGCCCUCAUGAAGGUCUAUCUCCCUGACACCCUUCUACAGCUUUCUGACUGUCUUGGACACUUCCAUCGCUAUCGACAAAUCUUCCAAGAUACCAGUAUUCAAUUCAACAGAUUUUCCCUGCCACGCCAGCACACACUGUGCCAUUAUUCCAUGCUCAUCCAUUUGUUUGGUGCCCCGAACGGGAUAUGCUCCUCCAUAACGGAGUCCAAACACAUAAAGGCCAUCAAGGAGCCUUGGUGCCAUUCCAGCAAAUUCAAUGCCCUUGGACAAAUGUUGCUCACCAACCACUUGACAGCAGCAACAACUGCCACAGCAGCUGCUGCAGUUGAUGAUGACGACGACGACGAUGGCACUAACGACCAUCAUGAUGGUGAUGACGACAGUGGAGAAGACAUCCAGAUCAAUCCGGCAGACCAGGCAGACUCAGAGCGCCCCCACUUGGACAAGCCUGGAGAUGGCAUCAUAGAAGAACCCAGAGCACAGUGCAAUGUCAAAUUGGCACAUACCCAUUCAGAUGAGCUUCACAUACUGGAUCUCCCCCACCUUGUCCGACUUUUUCUAUUCGAUCAACUCCUUGCGGAUGACAUGCACACUUCUGACACUGGCCGCAUCAAAAUAUUUAAUUCGGCCGCAGCCAGUUUUUAUGCACCAAGUGACCCGAGCGGUGUUGGCCCUGCACAUAACAACACUGUCCUCGUCAAUACUGCCAGCGAGGAUGGGAUCAAUGGGAUGGACGUCAGUCAUGUCCUGUGUUUUUUUUCAUUCCAGCACAGUCGAGAGACUUUCCCUUGCACCCUCAUCCACUGGUUCAAACUCAUUGCGAAUGAGCCGAAUCCAGACACUGGCAUGUGGAUGGUAAGACCUUCUUUUCAUGCAGACUCGAGUCAAGAGCUCUCCAUCAUUCACAUUGACACCAUUAUUCAUGCAUGUCACCUCUUACCUAUUUUUGACUCUGAUUUUGCUUCGGACAACCUUACACUUCAUAACAUUUUAGACAUAUGGCCCAGCUUCUAUGUUAACAGAUUCAUAGAUCACCAUGUGUUUGAAAUAGCAUAUUGA